AUGACUACUAGCACAAGAAAAGAUAUUGUUUAUGUUGUUGUUGAUCUCUGGCCAUUGGAAGAUAAAACUGAAGAUGUUAAAAAAAUCUUAUAUGAUACUAUAGUUGAAGCAAAAAAAGACCGAACAUGUUUAAAAUAUGAAUUAUGUGAAAAUUUAAAUGAAAAAUCUCAAGUUACACUUCUUCAAGCAUGGUCGAAUGAGCAAGCACUUGAUCAACAUUUAACAAGUGAAAUUAUCAAUAAGGCUAGUGAAGAACUUCGUCAACUUCUAACCAAACCAACAGAAAUUCGUCGUUAUAAAAACCUUGGUUAA